AUGUCCCUCAAUAUAAUUACAAAACCGCUCUCAAAGAAAGGGUCAUACUUAAUUCUAUUGAGGCCACCAAAUCUCGAUGUAGGACAUUGGACGGCAGUCUACAACGGAGAAUAUUUUGAUAGUAUGGGCGAAGGGCCUCCACGAAAAUACGGAAUUAAACGUUACAAUAGUAAGCAAUACCAAGGGACAUACGGUGACUAUUGCGGGCCUUUCUGUCUUCUUUGGUUAUAUUCAAAGCAGCACAAUCAACCCAAUAUAUUCAAAAAGAUGAAAGAUCUGAAUUUGACCAUUCUAGAAUAA